AUGUUCAAGCCACUCUUCGCAUGCCUGGCUGGCGAAUGCAACAUUCAGUGCAGAUUUGCUGCCGGUUCUACAAAUCUUCGUGAGUUAGGACGUUACAUGAGGACGCGAGAGCUAUCAUCCUUCCAGCCAAACUUCAAUGUACAAGAGAUCGAUCACGACGAGAGUGCACAGCACAUCCAAAUUGAUACUCAAAUCAUCCAGGAUACGAUUGACAAGGGGAAAUUCAACCUCGAGCCUUUCGUCAUACGUUUGAAUUCAGAAACAUCCGUGGUUUCAAUCAACCUACACUUGGUUAAAAUCGUAAAAUACUCACUGCCUAUUGAUCAGAAACAUUACCCCAUCAGUGGAUUUCCUCGGCCGCUCUAUGACAGAACCAGUGUGAAUGUUGCCACGGUUCCUUCUCUAUCGAAAACUGAGCUGCAGUUCGAAGAAGGCCAGUCCAUCAGCAAAACCGUAUCCACAGUCCAACAGGCUCCUGUUCCACUAGCCUCCGUAAAGACUCAGCCCAUCUACGACGAAGUCGUCACUAAUUUAAACCCGUCUCUCGUUGGUACAGGGCAGUCUGAUACCCUUGUCGGAGAAGAUGUAUCGCGUUACGCUGGUACCACCAGCGCUUUUGGUGAACAGACUACUCUCGCAGGAUUUAAGGGUAUGGAUAAUCAGGACCAAGACGAUUUGCUUGAUGUCAGUUCGAUCAGCUCACACGGAACGACAGUCCAGGAAAAAGACGCUAAAUCUCAUAUUGCUAAUUUUCUUGCUACGGAUAAGGAUAUUCGAGAUAUAUGCGCCAGUCUCUUGGAGCAAACAGACAGAACUAAGUUUGCUGAAGUGGGGCGUAAGCUUCUGAAGAGCUUCUACUUGCGAUUGCAGGAAGACGCUGACACGGAACUGGAAAAGCAGAGUGUUCGCUUGUUGAAGAGCCGAAGGGGUAGGGUAAGAAUCGUCGAAGAGAUGGCAGACCUGAUCUCUCCAGUCAAUGCAGAGACUGGCAAAAAAAUGGAACACCAUGAAGACGAUCUACUCGAAGCUUUGCGCAUUGAGGAAAGAAAGAAGGCCGUGGAACAGAAUCGCCUGAAGAGACUGCGGCUUGAAGGUUGGACUCGAGCGUAUUCGCAUAAAGCUGACCAUACUGAACUGGAGCCGGCAGAGGAGGAGGAGGAGGAGGCAAAGGAAGCGCUGCUAACAAAGACACAAGGUGAAACAACCUGGAAUGAGGCAUCCGUGGUGGAUCAAGGAGUCCAUGAAGCUGAACUCAUCCCACGAAACCAGGCUGGAGAUGAGAUACUUCAUGACGUCAACGUUACCCACCAUCAAUGGACUGCGAAAGAUAUAGGAUGGUCCAGCGAGGAUGAGGAAGAUGUGUUACCGAAUCUCACUCACCUGGAAUCGUUUUUUCGCAACUCAGAAGCGUUUCAAGUCCUUCUCAACGGAUUCAGAGAAAUGCUGCUUUCACAGUCACUCAAAGACGUCUUGCUAUCAGCUUCUGUGGACCAAAUCCGGCUGUCAUCUGAUCAAGGGGAAUCCUUGGUCAAUAGGUUCAAGGCCUUUGUUGAAGACACCACGAAGCUUGAAUGGGACUGGUGGCCUCUAGAGCAGAGAAUGCGGCCUUUACAGAGAAAUCAGUCAUGCGGCGAACAGUUGUGGAGAGAAAUUUUGCGCAAUGAAGCGAAGAUUAUCGAGCCGAUGCUUGAAGACCGUCCCACCAUGUCCUUUACUGAGGCCAGGUGCAAAAGAUAUCAGAGCUGGACAUCUUGGGCCAAAGGCUCAAAUGGUUCCGAUCACCUGCUACCUGUUUCCAAUGUUCCUAGCGGCAAGAGCUCGCUGAGCGGUACAGCGCAGAGCCCCCAGGGUACCAGCACGGGCUUGACUACUCCAUCAACACCAUCGCAGCCAGGCCCAUCGGUUGGUGCACAGCCGUACACUAGUAUCGUCCGGCCUAACACUCCUCCUAGUAGUUCUUGGGUGAUUUUCGGCGUGCAAGGACCUCGUCCCAGGCUGGAAGCUGGUGAAAUCGUUGUCAACGACAAGAUGGACGACAGCACUUUCUACAGAAAUCUCAAGAAACACUAUCAGAAAAGCUGGGGACGCUUCAGACUCUGGCUCUCGUUCUGGAGAUUAGGUUACUGCGAGGUUGUUAAGUUCAAGUACUACGCGCCCGAUAUCAUCAUAAGGCAUCAUUCAGAUCUACCUGUCGAUCUAGAAUAUAAGUACAAGCCCCGGCCGCCAGCCUCCGAUGCUUUCAAUCCCCCGAUUUCGAGCCACGAAUUUGCCAUGCACUUCAACGCCUGCGAUGAGCCAUGUCGCUGGAAAUCGCUACCACGGCAUUUCUGUAUGCCACAAUUGCAUGGAACCAUUACAGUGGAUCGUGUGCCCAAAAAGAGCUCACCAUUUGACCU